AUAAAUCGAGCAUACGCGGGAAAGACUCGUUGUUACCCAUUGUUACCGUCUCGGCGUAUUUCGGCCUUGAUUUCCGCGCGUGUGUAGCGAUGACGCGAUGACGCCGCCGGGUAGUGGUGCUGCCAUCGGUGAGCAAUGCACGUGGCCGACUGGCACUGUGGUGUGCGUUCAAACUUGAGAAAGUGAGGGGGAGGCUGGAAUGGAAGGCGCGCCGUGGGUGGUCCGCCGACCGGGAACGCGACGCGUUGUGUGGUCCGGCUGGUUCGUGAAUCGUGCGCUUCGACUUCGAGUAGUGGCUGUCGCGUAGAAGAUGCGAGACGCAGACCUUGCCUACAAUUAGACGGUUAGCCGGGAUCGAUCCGUGAAGCCCGACCGCACGAAGAUGAUACUUUUGCUGAUCCUCUGUUGCCUGUUGCUUCGCAACGGCUCGCCUUUGGAACUGGAGCAUGGAUUCACAGCUAACGACAAUGGUGAAAACGGUACGUGGAAGGAUGUGGAUUUGAGCCGGCAUAACAGGAUCAAGGAUCCCAAUUAUCUGUUGGAGAGAUAUCCCAUAGGCGAAUUGUCGCCGGAUAUCUCGACCUGCCGCAGACCCGCCAAAUGUCUUCCGCUGUCUAGAAAUACUUGUAUGGGUACGAAAUUACCUUACACUUUUACCACGUUGGACCUCAUACCCGAGCGUGUAACUCAGGACAUUGUUGAGGAAAGACUGUACUUGUUGCAAGCUUUGAAACAUGUGCCAAAAUGCUGGGCAGUCGUUCAGCCAUUUUUAUGCUCAAUAUUCAUGCCGAAAUGCAUUAAUGAUACAGUCGAAUUGCCGUCUCAAGAGAUGUGCAAGAUGGUAUCGGGACCCUGCAGGAUGUUGAUGAAUAAUACGAUAUGGCCGAAUUUUGCAAAGUGUGACAAUACGAAAUUGUUUCCGCGUUUGUGUCAGAAUGACAUUAGGGAAUUGAAAUUCAAUGUCUCGGGCAAAUGUUUGAAACCUCUUGUACCUACUGACAAUGCUCUUUCGAUUUUUGAUGGAGUGGAGGGCUGUGGAACGCCAUGUUAUGAUCCGUUAUACACGUCUGAUGAACACGAUCAAAUACAUUUGUUCAUAAGAUGGGCCGCAGGAAUCUGCUGCUUUUUCAAUUUAGUCACCAUUGUAACAUUUUUGAUAGAUUGGAGAAGCGCAAACAAAUAUCCAGCUUUGGUGAUAUUUUACAUAAAUAGUUGCUUUAUGGUAUCUUGCAUUGGCUGGCUGGUUCAAUUUACUCCUGGCAGUAGAGAUGUAAUUAUAUGCCGCAAAGACGGAACGUUGAGAACGAGAGAACCAAGCGGUGAAAAUCUAUCUUGCGUCGUUGUUUUCGUCUUAGUGUAUUACUCGCUAAUGGCAGCUGUGGUAUGGUUCGUUAUAUUGACGUACGCUUGGCACAUGAGCUUUCGAGCACUUGGCACGAUACAAGACCGGAUAGACAAAAAGAGUGCCUAUUUCCAUCUAAUCGCUUGGUGCAUACCACUCGUUUUGACGGUCGCAAUCAUGGCGUUAGGCCGAAUUGACGGCAACAGCAUGACGGGAAUUUGCUUCGUGGGUUAUGCCGAUCAUGCGCCGAAAAUUUUUGUACUCGGUCCCGUAUUACUUGGCGUGCUCAUAGGAGGAUACUUUUUAUGCAGAGGGCUUUACACGCUUAUUCGCUUAAAAAUAAGCAGUCAAGAAAUUAUAUCUGAAAGAGCAAGUUCAAAGAUAAAACAAACCAUUGUCAGAAUGGGGCUCUUUUCUAUAGCUACUUUUGCAGCUGUUGUUGUAACGUUUUAUUGUCACAUUUAUGAAAUUCAGAACUCGCAGCAGUGGCAACAAAGCUUCAGGAGUUAUAUGACAUGCAUGAUUACGACAAAGUAUGCAGACGUAUCUGAAUGUAAAAUGGAUAUGAGGCCUAGCACGGGUAAACUGCAACUGCAUUUGCUCGCAUUAUUUUCUACCGGCAUACUCAUGUCCUCGUGGAUUUGGACUAGCUCGACGAUCAAUACAUGGUGCAGAUUUCUGAGAAGUAUGUGUUUCCUCCUCGUUUGCAGGAUCUUCAAUCGCGAGUCUGAGGAGCCUCCUAUAAGACUGAGCAAGCACAAGCUUAUCGCGCAUUUAUUCGCGAACCGGAAGACAUUUAAUAAGGCCGGUCGUUUGUCCAUAAGUUUUCACAACACCCACGCGGAUCCGGUUGGACUAAACUUCGAUCUCAAUUCCGCGGCGUCGCAAGAUUUCAGCACCACUUGGGCGGCCGCUUUGCCGAAAUUAGUAACGCGAAGGGGUGCGCUAGUCGGCGGCACUACAGGAUCUGUGUCUAGUAAUAGACGAAAUUCGGUGGAUUCCGAGUUCAGUUACAGUUUCCGAUGCGUUUCUAUGGAAUCCAGACGAAAUUCUCUGGACUCGCAAAUAUCCGUGCAGAUCGCACAGGUGAAGACGACACGAAAGGUCGCAAGCCGGUCGCGCGGUCGUCGUGGAAAGAGCAGAAGAGACUUUGGGAAAUCCCGAUCAGCCAAAAUCGAUCCGCUCUCUAGGAGAGGCAGCACUACUUCUCAAGACAGUCAACUAAUGACUCAAGUUCCAAUGCCCAAUAUGGGCAGAAGACUAGGAAACGCUGGAUUGGAUGAGCGAGCCUUGAAAAUUAUCGACACUAAGAACACGGGCAUGCUAUUGCCUUUUUUGUUGAGAGGGCAAAGCGGCAGCGACGAAAAUUUAAGUAGCGAAGAGAAGAUACAUCAAGAUAUGGCUGAUAAGGACAUCGACCUGGAAGUAGGCAAUAUGGAGAAGGAAGAUGAACAGGACAGUGACAGUGAGGGCAGUCAAUCAGACGAUGAAUUAAAAAUGUUAGAUCCAGACAACGCACACGAGCGUAAUAAGAAUAAAGAGUGUAGCAGUAAGAACUGUAAGACUUAUAAUCAUGAAAGUGGUAGAAGAAGUCGCGAGGGUGGUCAUAGGGGCAAGUACGUUCUGCAGGACGAAGCUAUCUUGAAACAUCUGCUUCAGGAGGCUAACGAUAUUAAAGCGAAGAAUGAAAACGAGAAGAAAGAGGCGUAUAGGAAAGCUGUGAUGAACGAUAUGGAUUCUAGUCUCACCUCGUGUUAUCCAGAGUUAACGAGAUUGCUGCAAGGCGACGGACAGACUAAUGCUAGGGAAAUGGCGACGCAGACUUCGCUGCCGCUCGAUAUACUGGAGAUGGAAGAAUUAAAGCAGAGUAUCGACGAGAUAAUUAACAGCAGACAUUGUAGUUCCAAGGGGACUCAAAUAUCGCCGCAAUUGAAAAAAAGUAAGAAUAUCGCGACGUAAGACUGAGAACUUUUUUUGCUCUUUUAAAUAUACUGCGAAAUGCGCGUGUAAGAAAGUGUGUGCUGGAUAGGUAUAAUUUAUCGAAAUAGUAAAAAUAGUUACGUAUCGUUGAUCGGAUUAUGUCUUUCUUCUCUUAUCGUUUCUAUCGCUAUAGUAUUCGGAACAAAAAUAAAAUCAAGUAAUAAAUUUUAUUGGUCGUUUUUGUAAAUAUUAUACGAUGGAAUAACAAAAGCUGGGUUAAUAAUGCCGCUUGAGAAGAUCCGUAGGUACAACACAAAAUAUGUAUAAAUAUAUUUUUCCACAUUUUAUUAUUAUCGCUAAAAUAGUAAUCAAAUUUUAAUACGGUAUCCAUAACUGUUGUGUGUCGCGUGUGUGACAACUCGCAUCGAGUCCUAGGUAAUUAAUUUUUAAUUUGUGAUGACACUAGAAUCUUAAAUACAUUACGUUGUACAUAUUUUCCCGUAAAAGUGGAUACUAUUGUAUUUCUAAUAUCGUAUGUCUUCCAAUGUUUGUAAGAAUGUAUCGAACAUUCUGUGACAGUAAGAUAUUCUAUGUAUGUGUGUGUGCGCGAGUAUGUUCAUACAUCUAUUUUUUUUUAACAAAAGUGGCUGAAUAAAACUCGUUUUACAAUUCUCUCUA